AUAUAGGCACACGCUGUAGAAACAACAACUCAGGCGCAAGAAUUAACCGAGGGGUUAUCUUGUGCCACAGCAAGGAGUAAAAUCAAUUACUUACUUACCUACAAGAAAAUAUUGCCGUCAAGAGGAUGCACAAACUACUCAACUAUAUGGAACUUUAUUGUUUGCAAAUCUGAUUAGGAGAAUUUCAACAAAAAGGAAACACUUUUUACACAACAGCUUCCUCUUUUUUUUUUCAAAUUUCCUUUCCGUUUUCAAGAUCUUUCUUUCUUUUAACAUUUGCUUUAAAUUUGAUUCCCAUGCCAACCGCCAUAAAUGCAGCAGUGGCUCAGGAGACAGCUGCUGGGUCAGUUCCUAGUGCUACUGUUAGCACUACAGCUGAAGGUACAGGUGGGGGAACAGGGGGGAUUUAUUCUGCCAUAAUCAGUCGCAACCAGCCCAUUAUCAGAGCAAAGGAAAAGACCUAUGAAGAGCUUCACAAGAAGUGCCUGGAGAAAAACAUCCUCUAUGAAGAUCCUGAUUUCCCACCUAAUGAGACUUCCCUCUUCUAUAGCCAGAAAAUCCCCAUCAAGUUUGAGUGGAAAAGACCACGUGAAAUCUGUGAGAAUCCACGAUUCAUUAUUGGUGGAGCCAACAGAACAGAUAUCUGCCAAGGAGAACUAGGUGACUGCUGGUUCCUGGCAGCCAUCGCUUGCCUGACGCUGAAUAAAAAACUCCUCUGUAGAGUCAUACCUCACGACCAGUCCUUCAUACAAAACUACGCUGGCAUCUUCCACUUCCAGUUCUGGCGCUAUGGAGACUGGGUGGACGUCGUCAUCGAUGACUGCCUACCCACCUACAACAACCAGCUGGUCUUCACCAAGUCCUCCCAGCGCAACGAGUUCUGGAGCGCUCUUCUGGAAAAGGCCUAUGCAAAACUCCAUGGGUCCUACGAAGCUUUGAAAGGAGGCAACACCACAGAGGCCAUGGAGGACUUCACCGGAGGAGUGACAGAGUUCUACGAGAUAAGAGAUGCUCCAAAAGAUAUCUAUAAAAUUAUGAAACAUGCGAUUGCCAGAGGAUCCCUCAUGGCCAGCUCCAUUGAUGAUAACUUAGGCUUUUCCUAUGGAUCAGCUCCUCGAAGCGACAUUGGGGAACUGAUUGCUCGGAUGGUGAAGAAUCUAGAAAACGCGCAGAUGACUCAAUCCACUAUAGACUACCAGGGGACGGAUGAAAGGCCAGCCUGGACCAUAACACCAAUGCAGUAUGAAACCCGGAUGGCUUGCGGGCUGGUCAAAGGCCAUGCCUAUUCUGUCACCGCAGUGGAAGAGACAACAUUUAAAGGGGAGAAAAUAAGGCUGGUAAGGCUAAGGAACCCCUGGGGACAGGUGGAAUGGAAUGGACCAUGGAGUGACAAAUCAGAGGAGUGGAAUUUCAUUAAUGAAGCAGAGAAAAUUCGCUUGCAGCACAAGAUCUUGGAGGAUGGGGAAUUCUGGAUAUCAUUUGAAGAUUUCAUGAGACACUUCACAAAACUUGAGAUCUGUAACCUCACACCUGACACUCUGGAAGCUGAUAAACUCCAGACCUGGACUGUGUCAGUCAACGAAGGGCGCUGGGUGAGAGGCUGCUCAGCCGGAGGUUGCCGCAAUUAUCCAGAUACAUUUUGGACCAAUCCCCAGUAUCGCUUGAGGCUCCUGGAGGAAGACGAUGAUCCUGAGGACGAGGAGGUUGUCUGCAGCUUUCUCGUUGCACUGAUGCAGAAGAACAGGAGGAAAGAACGCAAGCUGGGAGCCAACCUGUUCACUAUUGGCUUUGCCAUCUAUGAGGUGCCCAAAGAGAUGCAUGGUAAUAAGCACCACUUGCAAAAGGAUUUUUUCCUCUACAAUGCCUCCAAAGCUAGAAGUAAGACCUACAUAAACAUGCGAGAAAUCUCUGAGCGCUUCCGGCUACCACCCAGUGAGUACGUUAUCAUACCAUCAACAUAUGAACCUCACCAGGAGGGAGAAUUCAUCCUGAGGGUCUUCUCGGAGAAAAGAAGUCUUUCCGAGGAAGUUGGAAACAUGAUUGAAGCACAGCGUCCAUCGCCUAUCAUCUUUGUUUCUGACAGAGCAAACAGCAAUAAGGAGUUGACAGCAGAUGAAGACGCUGGCAAAGAUGAAGAUAAAAACAGCCUAGAUGAGAAAAAGCGUGCUUCAGUGAAGACCCACGAGGCGAGCGAAGAGGAGAAACAGUUCAGGAAUAUUUUCCGGCAGAUCGCAGGGGACGACAUGGAGAUCAAUGCUGAAGAACUCAGGAAUGUUCUCAAUAAUGUUGUAAAAAAACAUAAGGACCUAAAGACAGAAGGAUUCGAACUGGAGUCCUGCCGCAGCAUGAUUGCUUUGAUGGAUACAGAUGGCUCGGGGAAGAUAAACUUUGAUGAGUUUCGUCAUCUCUGGGACAAGAUUAAAAGCUGGCAGAAAAUUUUCAAGCGUUAUGACACGGAUCAUUCUGGAACGAUUAACAGCUAUGAGAUGCGUAAUGCAGUCAACGACGCAGGCUUUCGCCUCAACAAGCAGCUCUACGACAUCAUCACCAUGCGCUACGCGGACAAGAACAUGAACAUUGACUUUGACAGCUUCAUCUGCUGCUUUGUGCGACUGGACGCUAUGUUCAGAGCAUUCCAGGCCUUUGAUAAAGAUGGAGAUGGAAUCAUUAAACUCAAUGUCCUGGAGUGGCUGCAGCUCACGAUGUACGCGUAACACCAGAGCCAUCUGCCAGCAGCAUCAAGAACGCACUCAAGAUACCUGCUGAACGAAGCCAGCUCCGUUCAUCCCCGCACGCAAACAAGAACGAUUCCUCGCGCACGGGCUUCGCCUGCCGAGAUGAACAGCACAGUGCCUCGGAAAAAGAGGCAACCGUAUUCCUGCAGGGAGAUUAGCACGUGUAUUCUGUAACUACUUUUGUAUCGUCUCCUGGCAUUUUACUUUGAGCAACAACUUCCUUCUGGCUAAGCUACAUUUUUUCUGCAUGGUGAAGUCGCAGAGCAUGUACCAGUAUCCUGCUUAGGCUGGCAGCUAGAAGUCUUCCCCCGAAGUCAGUACAGAGGCAAAGCUGGAACUGUAGCUGAACUGUGAAAGUAUUUACUACCACCUUGUAAUCUGUCAUCUAGUCUUUGUCCUGAUACUGGUUCAAUCACCGUAGCAUCUUCAUGAAUUCAACUGAGCAUUUCACAUGAAGCUGUGGUAGAUCUACACUGAGGUUAUACAUCUCAAUCAGUUAUGUUCUAGAUGUGGCUGUGAGGGUUGGUUUUCUGCUACACUAGAAACUUGGAAGUCAGGCAAAAGAAACUGGUAUCCAUAUACAUUUUAAAAACUUGGUCGAGCGCCCCAGCAAGUGUCAGAACUGAGCAAUUGAGCUCUCAGACACUUCUAAUAUCUCAAUACUAUCUUAAUUACAUAUUGGAUUUUUUUAACUGCUUUCUCUAAGUAGAGAAACUGAUUUGCAGUUCCAGAAAUAAAACACCUCUUACACAUAUAAAUAUAGAUUUUUUUUUUCCAGAGUCCUAUUUUGUUGAAAGUAUUUUGAAUGGAAUGACUAACAGCUGAAGUCUGCUUUAACUUCAAAAUAUGUUUUAGCUAUACCCCAACUAGAGUCCUUCACUUUCUGCUGGUCAUUAUUUAAAAGCUCAGCUUUUUUGUAGCUUAGUGAAAGGUAUGUCACAUUAGAUCCACUACUUCCAGAUUUGAAAGUAAGAUUAUUAUCUCUUAUUAUUGUAUGGUCUUCUCCAUUUCUAUGUUAUUAAUUUGGGGGAUUUUUCUGUUAGUGCACAAGUCAAGGCUGGCUUAAAUUUUCUUUGAUAAAUCCCUUUUCCUCCCUGCCUUCCUAUUCCCAGCAAAGAUCUGAGGAUCUUCUGGAAGGUGCAUCUAUCCAUGGUCUAAUAAUAAACUUCCUUAUUACACUGGCUCCCUAGAUUUGAUGCAAUCGCAGGAGGAAAUAAAAAUUACUAAUUGUAUCUUAGCAAAAAAUUCUAAUGGAUUAAUAAAUUUAAGAAGUACUUUACUAAUAUCAAGAGCAAAUAAGUAGCAGGUUUUUGGUAUAGGUUAUCCACCAUCAUAAUGAUUAAUACUACACUCAAGAUGAGGUAUAAAAAUAUUUCCUGACAGUAUUGUUAUUUCCUUACUGGAAAAUAUGUUUUCUACUCUAGACAUACAGAAAAUCACACACACGUUAUGAUAUCAUGGUCAUUUGGA